AUGGAGCAGGCUCUGCCUGCCUUGCAGGCGUUGUACGCUUCCUCAGACCCCGGCACCAAGAAGGAAGCAGAUGACGAUUGGCUGACCAAGUUCCAGCAGACACCUGCGGCGUGGCAGGUCUCAGACCAACUCCUCAGCCAAGCGGACGCUCCCAUGCAGUUCCGUUUUUUUGCGGCGCAGACGAUGCGCACCAAAGUCCAGUUCGACUUCUAUGAAUUGCCCGCUGACGAUAGCUACACGAGUCUUCGGGACUCCAUGCUGACUCACAUCAACAGGUUUCGAGCUGCGGAGCACGCGCCCAUCCACACCAUGCUUGCGAUUGCACUGGCAGACCUGGCGAUUCAGAUGGAUCACGCCUGGCCGAACGCGGUGGAGACCCUCUUCCAGCACUUCGGGCAAAGCCCGGACAGCUAUCCCACGCUGCUGGAGGUCCUGCGAAUGCUGCCGGAGGAGAACAACAACCUGAAACUCAUGACGGACAGCUUCAAGCGCGAGAGCUGCAGCCAAAGGCUUCAAGCUGCGACGCCCGAGGUUGUCCGCUUCCUCCUGAAUUUGCAGUGCCCCACGGUGCAGGCGAGGAGGAAAGUCCUGGAGUGCUUUCUGAGCUGGAUCAAGUUCACCAAUCUGCAGGCCUCCGACAUUGCGCAGAACCCCCUCCUCCCCGAGUGUUUCAAGCAUGUGGUGGAGGCCGGCGAUCUCAGCGAGACCGCCACGGACAUCAUCGUGGAGGUCCUGCGCAUGUGCAGCAUGGACAUCACGCAGUACCAGCCGGUGAUCCAGGUGAUCCUGGGCCAGCUGAAUGGCCUGAGGUCCAAGUUCGAGGCGCAGCUGAGCCGUGGGGUGGAGGCGGCAUUGGACGGCGACCAGGAUGGGCUGCUGCAGAUCUGCCGAAUCUACGUGGAAGUGGGCGAAUGCCUGGUGCCCCUGGUAAUGACCCAGUGCACCGACCCGCAGAUCGUCAACAUCCUGGAGGCGGAGAUGGGAGGAGUUCAUAGGGGCGCUGGGCAUCGGUUCUCCGGCUCCCUGUCAGAGAUCAGCUCGAUCCCUCUGGAGUUCUGGCAUCGCCUCGCCAACGAGAUCUGUCGGCACCUGGGCCACAUGUGCCGUCUGGGGGUGGUGGACGGUUGCUUGUUCUUGUCGCAUUCCUUGCGCGCGGCACGAGGAAUGGGCAAGGUAGGGACGAUUCACCUGCCGAUCCGAAUGCACCUCUUCAUCGUGGACGGCGUUGGCGCCGUGGUGGCGAGCCUGAACCAGGACGACAACUUCCGGAACGGCCUGGAGCAGCUUGUGACGCCUUUGGUGGCUGGCUUGAACUCGGAGCGGGAGCGGCCGAACGUGCUGAGCGAGAUCCUGGACAGACUCACCACCAUCAUCAGGCAAGUGCAUAUCCGGGAAGGCACCGCGAAGGCGGUGAGCGUAGGGGCGCUGAUCAGCAACACCUUCUGGCCCGUGAUCCGGCAAUGCCUGGCACAGCACCCGGGCGAUUCCAAGCUGGUCGAGAAGAGCUGCCGUUUGCUGAAGCACUCCAUGCGCUGCGUGCCGGACCUCUUCAAGCCGAACGUGUCGGAUGUGGCCCGCACCUUGGUCACCGCCUUCCAGCAGCAACAGCACUCGUCCUACCUCUACAUUGCGGAGAUUUUGGCGCACACCUACGCCAAGGACCCAGAGAUUGUGCCGGUGCUCACGGAGCUCUUCAACCAGCUCAGUGGCAUCGGGUACCAGUGUCUGAUCAGCGCGAAGGACAGGCUGGAGGAGAUCACGGAGUUGGUGGAGGACUUCUUCGGAAUGUUCGAGAGGUAUUUGAGGUUCGCGCCCAGGAUCGUCCUGGAGGCGCCGACCCUGGCUCCCACCAUGCAGCUCUGGAGCACGACCAUUUUUGUGCAGCAGAAGGAGGCGGUGGAGGCGGUAAUCGCCUUCAUCGAGUCCGUGCUCUCCCACAUUGCGGAGGGCAGCAAGUUGGGCAGGAGACACGCUGACGAGAACAAGGCCAACAUCGGGCAGUUGUUGCGGCCACAUGCCCUACAGGUAACCCCAGGCUUUGUUGAGGCGCUCUUCACUCUAAUCGCUGGGGUGCCCACGAAGUACGUGCAGGAGACCAUCCACUCUAUUUUAGAUCACGUGCGAUCCGCCUUUCCACAGGAGUUCGCAACCUGGCUUCAAGCUGGCCUGGCGCUUUUGCCGCCCUCCGUUGGCUCCAAGGUGGAGCUGACAAAGUUCGGGGAGCAGAUCCUGCGAGGGGACGAACAGCAGCUUUAUGAGGCGAUCCAGGACUGCUGA